AUGGAAUCCGACAGGGCUCUCAAGACGCUACCAGACAAGACUGAAAUUACAGAGGUAGCACCUUUCACGACAGAUAAUGAAUCCAAUACAACUUCAUCUCAGUCUACAUUACGUGGGGGACUGAACUUCGCAUUUGGGUCAUUUCAAAGCUUCUAUUCAUUAAAUUACAUCCCAACAUCAACUGUAUCUGAUAUUGCCUGGAUUGGAACAAUCCAAUCCUGGCUCUUAAUCGUGGGAGGUUUACUAUCCGGUCCGCUCUUCGAUCUCGGCUACUAUCGAACGAUGAUUUUCGCCGGCAGCUUCUUCGGCGCAUUUGGUAUGAUGAUGCUCAGCCUGGCAAAUCAUUAUUACGCCAUAUUUCUGAGUCAGGGAGUUUGCAUGGGUUUUGGCUUUGGUUUGCUUUAUGUGCCCAGUAUCACACUGGUCAGUCGGUCUUUCACAACAAGAAGAGCUGUCGCUCUGGGUGUAUCGACCAGUGGAGCCCCUGCAGGGGGUAUCAUAUACACUGUCAUGUUUAAUCAACUGAUAUCCAAAUUGGGGUUCCCAUGGACGGUCCGUGUCAUGGCGUUCGUGAUGCUUGCUUUAUUCAUUACGGCUGCGGUCCUGCUUCUCUACCCGGAAAAGAAGUCUCACAAGACUGAGAUUCCUCAAAGCAGAAGCUUGAUUGAUUUGUCUGCUUUCAAGGAUCUUCCUUUCUGGAGCUUCACGAUUGCUAACUUUUUCCUCUAUCUUGGAUACAUCACACCCUUCUACUACAUUCCAACUUACGCAGAGACCAAACUGGGAACAUCGCGCACAAUGGCCUCCAAUGUAUUGUUGAUUUCCCAGGCAUCAUCUGUCGUCGGCCGCGUGGUUUUGACCUUAUUCGCUCACUAUUGUGGGUCUAUGAUAUCCUGGAUAUUUUGCGGUAUACUGUCCGGUAUCCUGUGCAUUAGUUGGAUGAGUGCGGACAAUUUGGUUCGAUUCAUUCUCUACGCUGCCUUCUACGGUGAGUGA